AUGAGAGUAGCUUUCCAAACUGCUUUACUAAGCUGCGAGCCUAUCUUUGUUCCCAAGCUCCGUCGAAGCUGCUAUCCACAUCCCAACCUCCCAAUCUCCUGGUUUCCCACGAAAACCCGAGUGUUUUCUCCUUGCAGAGCAAUCAUGGCAGUCCCGUCUCGCCCUACCGUACCAGUGCGGGACAACGUGGAACUGAAUGAAACCGAAAAGAAGAUAUUUGAUAGGCUGCUUGGAACGGUUCGCCAUUUUGGCCUACAGAACCAGCUUCGUGUCGCUGGUGGAUGGGUCCGUGAUAAGCUUCUGGGAAAGGACUGUUAUGACAUUGAUAUCGCUUUGGACAACAUGUUAGGCAGCGAAUUUGUAGAAAAGGUUAGGGACUACUUGUUGCAUGUUGGGGAAGAGGCACAAGGAAUUGCUGUUAUUCCAUGCAAUCCUGAACAAUCAAAACAUUUGGAAACGGCGAGGAUGCGCAUAUGUGAUACAUGGAUUGAUUUUGUCAACUUGAGGUGUGAAGAGUAUUGUGAGAAUAGUCGCAUUCCUACUGUGCAAAAAUAUGGCACAGCAGAGGAGGAUGCAUACAGAAGGGAUUUAACCAUUAACAGCUUGUUUUACAACAUUAAUACCAGCUCAAUUGAAGACUAUACCAAAAGAGGAAUUGCAGAUCUGAAAUCUGGAAAAAUAGUGACUCCUUUACCCCCAAAGUCCACAUUUAUGGAUGAUCCACUACGAGUUCUUCGAGCUAUCCGUUUUGGAGCAAGGUUUGGAUUCAUAUUAGAUGAAGAACUAAAGGAAGCAGCUUCGUGUCAUGAAGUGAAAGCUGCUCUCUCAGCUAAAAUUAGCAGAGAGCGCAUCGGUACUGAAAUUGACCUCAUGAUCUCUGGAAAUCAACCUGUCCAAGCUAUGACCUACAUUUGUGAUUUGAAGUUAUUUUGGGUUGUCUUCAGUCUUCACCCUAAGUAUGAGCCUGCAGUACCGGAAGGAUGUGACAGGCUUUGUGUUGCUUACUUGGAUGCUACAUGGAACCUUAUUCAAUUAAUUGGGAACUCUACCUUUAAUAUUCCCGUUGUGAACUACAUUUUCCGGGACUCGCUUAAGCGAAAAGUCAGUGAUGCUGAAACAGUUAUAAAUGUACACUAUGCUUUUGAGAAGUUUUUGCCAUUGAUUCCUUAUUUUGCAUCAAAUGAGGACGUACUACUCACUGAAGUUGAUUGGGAAAGAGAAUUUGUUGAUGUUCCUCUUGCUUCGAAACCCCGAGUUUUGACAGGAUUUCUUCUACGAGAACUCAAAGAUUUUUGGCGAGUUGCCUUGCUGAUGUCUACGUUGGUAUAUCCCCGCAACAUUGAUUGUACCGAAGAUCUUCUGAACAAGAACUUUGAACUCGAAAGGAGGAGAAGCCUGUUUAAAGCAGCUGAAGAUGCCGUACUUAAACUAGGUCUUGAUAAAAUCUGGGACAUAAAACCGCUAGUGAAUGGAAGGGAUAUCAUGAAUGUUUUGCAGCUUAAAUCUGGAGGACCACUUGUCCGAGAAUGGCAACAAAAGAUACUUGCAUGGCAGCUUGCUCGCCCCUCAGCCACUGCAGAAGAAUGCCUCGAGUGGAUGAGAGAAACACAUUCUAAACGUUUAAGGAUGGAAUGA